AUGGGUUUCGAGGAUAGUGAAUGUGGAGACGAUCAUUUGAAAGAAUCUACAAGUGAUGUUCAGAAUCCCGAAUUUUCAAGCAAAAAAGUUUUAUCAUCUUUCCAUCCUGAUGAGAGUCAAACAUUACAAAACUUCAGUGAUGUUACUCCACCUCUUUGUAUAUUUUGCGGUAUGAAUGGAAACCUGAACCUUGGACAGGGUGAACUACUGAGGUUCUACACAAAGAUUGAAUAUUCAGAACCCCCUACUUGGUACAGUGACUUUAUCGUCAAGGUGAAGUCUAAGCAGGAAAAGUGUACAAAUAUCUUGGUGACAAACCGUUCAACACACACUAAUCGACGGAACCAACAUAGCAAAAUUGUUGUAGCAUCUUUCACACCUUUGGCGACAGACCCUGAGUUUUGCAAGGUAGGCCCUCACAUAUCUCUUGACGGAUGUCGACGCAGUAGAAGUAAAAACUGUUUUGGUUAUGACUGCAAAACUUGUCUUGCAGGGAUGCCAAAUGCUUAUUUCGAUUGUAGUGGCCGACCAUUUGGUUUGGUAGAAGAAUUGAAUUAUGUUGGUUGGCCUUCUAAAUCUGAUGAAGAUACCUUAAAAGUUUCUAAUCUGAUUGUUAAGUGUACUCCACGUGAAGGUGAAGAAGGUGGUUGGAUAUACGCGCAUCAUUGUUGUGCGUCGUGGUCUAAUGGUGUUCACUUCAACGACCAGAUGGUUCUGGAAGGUGUUGAAGAUGCAGCGGUUAUAGCUGUUACUCGGAAGUGCUCUCUUUGUCUCCGUUAUGGAGCGAGUAUUCCUUGUCGUGUCAGUGACUGCAACUCGUGCUUCCACUUCCUUUGCGCAGCGGGAGCUGGUUGUCUGCAAGAUAUCGAAUCGUUAGAGUUGUUAUGUCCGGUACAUAUAUCAGAAGCGCUUACAUCAAGUUGUAUAUCAAUACAGUGUGGUCUCUGUGAAUCUCCAGGCGAUUUAACCGAGCUUCUGUUCUGUACUGGUUGUGGUAGUCAUUAUCAUGCUUCCUGUUUGGAGCCACCUUUGCAACCAAGUCCCACAAUUCGCAUAGGGUGGCAGUGUGCAGAAUGCAAAACUUGUUUGAUUUGCAACGAAAGUAAAGAUGAAAAUAAAAUGUUAGUAUGUGACGUGUGCGACAAGGGCUAUCACACUUAUUGUCUGAAGCCUCCUGUUUCUAGUAUUCCUAAAAAUGGGUUCAGAUGCGAACGAUGCCGUGUAUGUUCUGAUUGUGGUGGCGGACGCUCUUCUACGUUAAGUGGUUUGGAGGGACCAGUUGCUUUUAACAAUCAGCUCAAUCCGAACGUCCGUUGGCAUAGUAACUAUACCCUAUGUGAUCGGUGUUUCCACGCUCAUAAACGCCCGAAUUCAUGUUGUCCUGUAUGCGAUCGAGCAUGGCGUUGUUCACUACCGGUGCCAGAAAAUUUUUACAGGAAUCCUAACAGUACUUUUCUUGUCUGGCCUGGUAGUAAAUGUAGUCAGUGUCGCCGAAUGGUUCAUGCUGAGUGUGAUCCUUCUUCCAACCAGACGACUGUUUCACCUUUAUCUACUGCCAGUGAGGAAACAAGUGGUAUUUGUUGCACCAAUUACGUCUGUCCUGUUUGUCGAGCUCGUGGUUCAACGACACCGAGCGAGGCUGCAUCAACUACUGCUUCUUUACGUGCUAGCCCGAUUCAGGGAGGUGGGAAUAGUAGUAAUAGUGGUGGCGAUAUUAUGGAUGACAAUUUUACUCAAGGAGGCCGGGACUUAUUAGAUGAUACAGUUCGUCAGUGUAUUGGGUCUGGUUCAUUAGUUUGUCCUGGUGCUAAUGGAAGUACAUCGGCAAAUACUCCGUCAAGCUCAACCUCUAAUUCAACAACUCCGAAUACUGAACCAGGAAAGCAACAAAUCCACCUGAAUAGUCAAGAUUAUCCAGGGUCACCACGUGUACAUUGUAAGGUGACCUCUAAUAACAAGUCAUCAGUAACAAAUUCUACAAAUGGCCGGCCAUCUAUAGAUCAACCUUCUAUUAAUAUUAGUAGUGGACGUAGGCGAGGAAACAACCAAACUAGUGAUCUUAAUUUUGCAAAAACUAAUUCAGGAACACGGUCCAACAAUGUAAACACCCAGACGUCGUUUAUUGGAAAUACAAAAACUGGCGCUUUAAAAAGAACUAAUAGUUCUGCUACGUCGAAUAAUAUUAAUAAAAAUAGGCGAACAAAAACUCGGAAAAUCACUUCGUAUGAAUCUAAAGUCUCAGAGAAGGAUGAUCAUCCUAGUACAGUAGUAUUUUGUCGGGCAGAUGACAAUUUCAUGCUGGAACAGGAUAUAUGUAUUGCAUGUGGAUCAAUCGGUUUGGAUACUCCUCUGUUGGCUUGCUCUCAAUGUGGUCAAUGCUACCAUUCUUUUUGUGCAGAUGUACCUAAAAUAACACGAACUAUGAUUGAAAAAGGUUGGCGUUGUUUGGAUUGUACUGUAUGUGAAGGUUGUGGUGGAACAUCAAAUGAAAGUCUUCUACUUUUGUGUGAUGAUUGCAAUAUUAGCUUUCAUACCUAUUGUUUAGAUCCGCCAUUGAAAGAAGUACCGAAAGGUGGUUGGAAAUGUGCCGACUGUGUUGUAUGUACUAAUUGUGGUCAAAAGGAUCCUGGUCUUAACGGAAAAUGGCACGCUAAUUAUUCUGUAUGUGCACCGUGUGCGUCACUCACCACUUGUCCCAUUUGCAAUUUAGCUUAUCGAGAUGAAGAAUUACUUGUUCGAUGUGCAUUAUGUACUCGAUGGGCUCAUGCCAACUGUGACCAGUUGCGUACUGAAGACGAAUUGGAAAUAGCCACUGAUCUAGGGUAUAACUGUCUUCUUUGUCGUGAAUUGGGGGCUGAUCUUGGAACUGGGCAUGCUCAGGUACUGGCUUACAGACAAGCAGCUAACGGGAAUCUUGGGGCUCUGGAAAACCUGAAGUUUGGCGAAAUUACCGAAAAUCUGUUUGCUGACAAAUUACCGUCUUCAUUAUUCCCAUACUCUUCCACUGGAGUUGCAUGUUUAACGCGUUCACAAGCAGAUGAUGACAAUAGUUCAAGUGACACUCGUCAAUUUUUCAUGGAUGGUGUUGUACUAAGUGAAUGUGGCUUGAAUACCAUUAAACAAGCUCUACUUAAAAUUCAACCGAAACGUCAUACAAAUCAAAAACGUCUAUCAGAUCAACAGAACCAAUCAGUCACUGAUACAGGAUCUUGUUCCGUUGGUGAUAGUACUCCAGUUGAACUAACUCCAUGCGGACCUCAUGGACAGUUUGAUGAAGAUGCUUCACUACAUUCUGGAGUUGAUGGAGAAAAUGAUCUAUCCAAUUAUCCUGAUUGGAAAUCUCCCAGCCUACAAUCAGAAGAAGAUGGCUGUAAUUCAAUACAAGAUGGCACACGUACUUCAUUAUGCAUCAGUCGUAAUAGUUCUGCUGGUCCUAUAUCAGUUAACGGGAAAACCACCACAAACAAUUCUAAUCGUAAUCGACCACUAAAAAAUCUUGGUAUUGGAGGCUUUCGAGCUAAACCCAAUCGUUGGUUGCAAACUAAAAAAAUACAGCUUGCAGCCGCAUCUGAUCAGUUUGUUGGUCCGACGUCCGACAACAAACGUAGACGUCAGAACAAGAAGAAAUCCGAAUUGGAAGACCACUAUCCUAACUAUUUAAUGAAAGCUUUUUAUGGGGCAUGUCUGCUUUCCGCUAAGAGAAAACCACUAAGGAAGAAAAAGCGCAUACGUCCAAUUGGCUCAUCACAGGAACCUACAAUUGGAUCUGAGUCUGUAAGUGGAAUUAAACAGAACAAAGGUGGAUUUACUCUUUCUGUUCGUACUUCUAAACUAACUAAAGGUGGAGCACACAUAAAAAAGUGUAAUGUUGCCCGUCUUGGAAAUCGAACUAAAUCAGAUGAUUAUAGUUUAGAUGGAGAAUGGACAGAGUCAGGUUCAAGGGAUGAAGAGUUUGAAAUCGGUACUGAAGAAAUGGAUGAAGACGACGAUAUUGAUGAGGGUGAUGAAGAAUAUGAAGAGGAUGAUGACGUUGAUGGAGAUCUAUGCGAUUUUGAUGAACUCAAAGAUCUAGAAGAUGAAAUGGACAAUGAAGCGUUAGACAUUGAAGAAGAAGAUCUGUCAGCUACACUGAAUCCCGCUGCUCAUCAAUUAACUGAAAGAGUGUCGGAGAUAAAAAUGACUGAAAGCUCUACUGAUACAGAUAUACUAAAAACUCAAAAAGAUAAUACCGAAAAUGUUAGUGUAGAUGAAAGUGUUUCUCGUGAACUUUCUGUAGUUGACUAUAAUGACAACCAAACUGUGUCGUCUAGAACUUGUCCACCAGUUAAUUCUAAUUCACAAGAUAACUAUUGCAUAACUCCAGUGAGUGUCAGUCAAUUCAGUCCGAAAUCACAAAAUCUGGUUAGUUCUUUGGAUCCUUCUGUUGAUACUGUAUCAGCUGAAACAGCUCGUGUUGCAAGUGUUGUUCAUUCAUCAAAUAAAGAACUCAGUCCUCAUAUUGAUUUGUUGUCUGCUCAGUCGCCCCAGGAACAGUCAACGGAAUUAUCUGUGACAACUAGCUUGGUGGGGCAAAAUGCUAAUUCUGUUACACAAGCUACUACGCCAGCGGGUUUAAAUGAAGCCGCGGAUCUUAUGUUUAUGGAUGAUUACUUAUUUGGAUUUAGCGAUUUGGCUUCUACAGAUGAAACUGACUUAAACGAUAUAACCCCUCAACAAGUAUCUGCAGAUCAUGUAACAGAUCAAUUACAAGCUCCAAGUCCUUUACCAGUGGGUCAUUCAAAGAACCAGUUGAAACAAACGGUAUCAAGCGAAAGUCCAGGUCAUGUGUCUUUCAUAUAUUCUCAAAACAAUCAAAAUAUACAGUCGUCUGAAAGAUUCGUCAUUUCUAACAAAAUUGUCUACCAGUCACAGGUUUCGGAGCCUUUCAGAAUGGAAGAGUCUACUAACUCAGAAGGGAUGUGUUUGAAGCAGUUCGUCGCACAACAAGAUUUAAUAAGUUCGCCUUUCGACAAUCAAAGUCAACAAACUCAUCUUGGCCCUGCUAACAAACCUCAUUAUCCGAAGUCACCAUAUAUAGGUCAUUCAUCCACAACUUAUCUUCAGAUGGUUGAAGAGCAGCAUCCUCGCAAUAUGCAACGUACUGUUCAUCCAGAAUCGCAACAAUCUCAUCUAGUUAUUCAGGAUCAACAGACCCGUAAAACUGGACCACAAUCAGUCCAUGAUUCUUCCGAAGGGUCCUUGAAUCAGCUAGUCGAUACUGUCGACGUAUGCCCUCCAAACAAUACAAUCUUAAAUGCUUAUGAUAUGCCGCCUCGUGAUACUAAUGGUCAUGAUCUUGGAUCCUCGCAAAAUGUACCUGGACCUCAUCCACGACAUUGUGUAAACACGCUUACCGGUAAUCUACCUGAGUUAUCAGUUAGUGAUAUUGAAACGCAACUUGGACCUUCAACUGGUUUUGAACUUAGUGAACCCAAUUUGGCUGACGACAGUCCAAAAUCAAUUAUACCAAAUGCUGUAUUUAGCAAUGAGUUGAGUACUACACCUCCACCUUCCGAAAUAUCUAUUCAGCGCAUGGCACAACAACGGCCAAACGUAGUUCAUCCUAAUCCUGAUUCAGUUCGUCAGUCUUAUUCUCAGCGUCCUGUAGAUCAGUGCAGGGAAUAUCAACCAAGCAACCAGUCCAUCAAUGUUCAACAACAUCAGAUUCCUCGCUCUUCUCUUGUGACGGUUCCAGUUCCUCAAAGUCAGGUUCGACCUAUGCAACAACAGCAUAUAGAUCCUCAAAGUGGUCGAGUACAGAUAAGGAGUUCACAACCUUCAUACUUUUAUGCUCAUGUUGUUCCUGUUCCUGGACGUGUUUUAACUCAACCUCAAAAGCAACAUCAGCAACUUCAACGUCAGUCCAGUUCUCCUAUUGUUUUGCAAAGUCCAGUUCCGCAAUCACCACAACAUCUUUCAGUGGUUAGUAGUCAUGGAAAAUUCAUUUCACAACCUCUUCAACCCAAAUCUCCUAACCCAAUGACUCCUCCACCUCCACCACCAUAUCCUUCUCAAGUAAUAAGACCUGGUAUAUGGCCACAACAACAACAACAACAGCAAUCUCAUUCUCGUUUAAUUUCAUCUAAUCCAGGAGCUAUUAUGCUUUCUGCAACUGGACAAUGUCUAGUUCCUCAAGGUUCGAAUUCAGCACAGUUACUUAUGUCAUCUCCACAGUCAAAUGUACCUAUGGAUACUCAGCAUCUUAUUCCAGUUUGUUGUCAACAGAGCACUCAAAUUGAAUAUAUACAACGUCCAUGUGUAUCUCAUCCUAUGCAUGGCUCAAAUGGACCUCAACGAACUCCAUCAACACAGCAAAUGAUUGUACAUGGUCAGGUUGGAUUGCACAACCAACCUGUUCAUGUUUAUCAAACUGAUCAUAUCACUUCACCUAAUUCUCGUCAGUUUACAGGUCAUCCUAACUCUCUGUCUCCUGGAGUUCUUCGUUUUAACAGUGGUUCUGAGGAGGUGAUUUUAAGAUGUUCCACUGAACUUCAAAAUCCUAAUAAUGUAAUUAGUCCCAAUUCUAUGAGAUCACCGAAUAUGGAAGGGAAUACCCAUCAUGUUGUUUUGAAUCGACCAAGUCAACAAAAUAUUUUACCUUGUACAGCAUCAAACAACACACAAUUGUGUAUGCCCAAUUCAAAUUCGAACGUUUCCAAUUCAGCUAGUAGACGUAUUAAUUACCAUAAAUGGGAAGAAGAUGAACGUCUAGGUGGUCAGUCAACAAUUGCUCCAGUGUUGCAUGCAAAUAUAUCACAUCCUACACUGCGUGGCCAGUAUCCUGAAUUCACUGUUCGUGCUAAAGAAAUUAGCAAGCUUUGGCGUAGACUUUCUAGUGAAGAACGUGGAACUUGGGUGAUACAAGCUCGUAACAAUCGAACUACACUGCGUUCAAAUCAAACGAAUAUACCUACAACUAUGGGCUCAAUAGGGCUCUCUAACACAAUACCACCUACACAGCCGUACUGCCAACCUAGUACAUUGGUCAAUCAAACAAUACCUUUACAAUCUGGUUCUGAGUUAUCUUAUCCUAUAGAAUCUCCUACAGCCUAUACGCAUCCGCAAAAUCGUACACCUCAUCAUAUUCAGUCGGAACAACAAAUGAAUACGAACUCGCCGCAACAGACAAAAGAGCUGCAUAGAUCGUUAACUCCUGAAAUUCCAAACAACAGUUAUGUCCAGGACCGUAUUCUGUCGUCGCAUAUGACUUCGAGUAGUAAUAGUAGUGGUGAUUCUGUUGGUGCUCACCAUCAAACAAUAAACAAGCCUCCUUCAAAUCAGGGUUUGACGUUCCCUAAUACCGAGCUAAACACAUCUGGUAACGUUCUACCUCAACAACAUCAGCAAAUGAUUGGAUUAACAACACCAUCACCAGGUUCUUCCUACAUGGUUUCACCUGUAAAUUCCAGACCACCAUCCCGUCACCAGACAUCAUUACCACCUCCUCCACCUAUUUGGCCUCCUUCUGGAAAUAUGAAUUCAUUGAGCACAGGAUCUGUAAGUGUAAAUUCUCCUGCUAAUUUGAAACAACCAACACCACCACCUUCUGUGUGUUCGUCAAUGUCUCCUGCGCCCAUAAGAUCACCUGCUUCAAUACACGCUCCCACCCCAACUUCUUUUCAUAUUCCUCACCCAUAUCCUCCACAUGGUACAAGUUCACUAACUAGUCCAGCACAAUCACCUGUCCCUCCACAGUCUCCGUCCAAUAUAAAUCAGCUAAUGAGGAGCAGCACCGCUGGAACAGCGACACCAAUGCCUUCGUCACAUCCUUCUCCUGUCCCACAAUCUCAUCAUACAAUUUUACCUAGUGGUCAUCAUCUUACUUCACAGAGUUUACUCCCCUCCGAAAGUUCAGUUAGUCGACAGCAAAACCAUUCUUUUGCUGCUUCUCAUCCUGCUACUCCUGGUACGCCGAAUAGUCAGUUAUGUGGUCUUGGGAAUACAUUUUCAGCGCCUACCACUCCUGGGGCUGGAGCGUCUCCGGGUAAUGUUGGUGUGCUUUCUUAUUCUGCCCCGACAAAUCCAGGGAAUGUUUUUAUUGUGGGUAGUUCAGCAAUGCAUGUCAGUAGGAUGACAUCAGAAGGUGAUACAUCUCAGUCAAUUUAUUCAAUAAAUACACUUCCACAAUCUUCAUCUAAUGAACAUGUCUCAUCGUCUUUACCAGUUGCUGUUGAGCAAGGCCCGUCUGUUGGCAAUUAUACUGGCUCACAACAGCAGGCUCAUACACAACAAGGUAACUAUUCAAGUACCGAGUUGGAACGUCAACGUCUCAAAGAAAUUCUAGCUAAACAAGUUCAUCAACGUCAAGUUCAACAUCAACAUCACCAACAGCUCUUGCAACAACAGCAACUUCAUCUUGCUCAGCAGGAACAGGAACAUAUAAUGUCCCGUCAUUCUCUUUCCCAGUCCACUAGCGGACAGCAAGGUAGUUCCUGCUCAGGACUUGUUUACACGUCUAUGAACCAACCCAGCAGUAACCUUGUCCACCAACAACCCAAUGAGUCUCAUUGUCAGCCAUAUGCUAACUACAUUAAUACUCCAAUGUGGCAGCAACAUGCUUCAAUUCACGAUCCCUACCAUUCAGUAUCAUCGCAAAAUCAAGCUCAUCAGCAGCAGCAGUCAAUGAGGCAUGCUUAUUUUUCACAACAGGUUUCUGCUCAGCAUCCGGCAAUGUUUUAUCAACAGUCCCAAACAAGACCAGAUCCAGUCUCACCUAGUGGGUCGAGGAUCCUGACAUCAGUCACUUCUGGUAUUCCUUCAAUGAGUCCGCAUGCUCCUGGUCAGUUUAUUUCCACUGCUAACCCUCCCACGCAAGGGGAUUAUACCGGUGCCCAGAGCACUUCUGUACCUAAAGCCACACGAUUAACUUAUCCAGAAAUGUCAGAAUUAGUUCACCAAUCUCAACUGGCUCCUGAUUCUUUGCCUAGUAGUUAUGGGAUAAAUAACCAGGCUAUGAUGUCUACAAGUCGUAGCAAUCAACAAAUGGUACAUUCUAACACUAUGCAAGUUUAUCGUAACAACGUUUCUCAACGUAGUGAUCACCCGUCAUCAAUAAAUCCGUACCAUCAAAUGGACGUUGUCACUCCAUCUUCAUUGACUACAAUAGAUAAUCAAUUAAUUUCUGACAUACCUCGGGCGCCAUCUGUAGCGACUGGUCUAGAAGAAGUCGGUUUUGAACCACCUAUCAUUGUGAGUCGUCUUGCCGCCAAAGAAAAACGAUGUGCACCAGUUAUUAAUGUCAAUCUACUUAGUGGUUCAGCUUACCAAACUGAACAUACGGUUGAUCAACAACGUUUGAGUUUUGAUAAUACUGAUGGAUCAGCUGUUAAUGUUGGUGGUGAUGUGGCAAAUUUUUCCUACAAAACCACAUCUGAGGAUGUAAGCAGGCAACAACAUGAUUGA